AGGCUUAACAAUAACUGUCUACCGGACAGUUCUUAACCAAAAUUUCCGAAUCGUUUGUUGUGUAUGUUUCCAUUUUUCCAUAAUGCCAAAUCCUUUAAAAGCCCUUAACGAACAUUUUUUGUACAACCACAAACUGGCUAUGACCUUGCAGCAAUUGUUGCACGCCAGCGAUCGCGGAUUAAUAUCGAUAUGGUUCGACAAGCUAAUGGACAUGGACAAGUCGGUGGAGGAGAUAAUCAUCAGGAGCGAUUACAUGUGGUUUAUAUUGCUAAUGAUGCAAAGCAAAAGGAUUAGGGAACCUUUCAACAGGCUGCCGCCAACUAAUGUGCAGCCGUUGAAAAAAUUCGUGCCACCUCAUGUGUACGAAGAAGUGCUUAUUGCUAACGAACCCAAUAUGAAAUUUGUUAAUCAAAAAUUCCGUACUAAUGAACACAGGGAUAUCUAGCAUCAGGUACCAUUUUUGCUCGACUUGCGUUAGAACUAAUUUCUUUUGCCCUCUGUAAGUUUUCGCCAGCUGUAUGAAUAAAUAAAAUUGAAUAAAGUUCACCUAUGUCAAA